UGGGCGACCAGACACACGGACGCGCAGAAGGGUGCUGAAAAUCACGCCAGCCCUCAGUAACAUGUCAUUAUGUUGUUGCUCUGUCUGUCCAGAUCCGUCGGCGGGUAACUAAAGACAGCUCGGAGGGCUGGACUGCCUGUUGUUGGAACUAGCCGUGGACAUUUGCCGAAGGAAAGUGUUGCUUGGGAGCGACUCAUGUGGCGGCGCCGACAGGAAACUCUGAGCUUUGAUUCCAUUGACUGCGACUCUUCGGAAUCAUUCAGAACUCGAGCGCGCGGACAGUGAACAUUUGCGGCGUUGUGUUUUGGGGAUUUUCAGUCUGAGCAACUUUGAAAAAUCUUGGAGAGACAUUAAACAAAUACAGAUUGAACACCCUGAUAACUGUACUAUUGAUCACCCCGUGGGACGAUUUAAAACAUGUCGAGUCCUCUUCCGAAGUUCAAAAAGGAUAAGGAGAUCAUUGUAGAGUACGAGAGUCAAGUCAAAGAGAUCCGAGCCCAGUUGGUGGAACAGCAGAAAUGUCUGGAGCAGCAGACGGACAUGAGGGUGCAGCUCCUUCAAGACCUCCAGGACUUCUUCCGCAAGAAGUCCGAGAUCGAGAUGGAGUAUUCGCGCAACCUGGAGAAGCUGGCCGAACGCUUCAUGGCCAAGACCAGGAGCACAAAGGAUCACCAGCAAUAUAAGAAGGACCAGAAUCUCUUGUCCCCAGUGAACUGCUGGUACCUGUUGUUGAACCAGGUUCGAAGGGAGAGCAAAGAUCAUGCGACUCUGAGUGACAUUUAUUUGAACAACGUUAUCAUGCGCUUCAUGCAGAUUAGUGAAGACUCUACACGCCUUCUGAAAAAGAGUAAAGAAAUCACCUUUCAGUUGCAAGAGGAUUUAAUGAAAGUCCUCAACGAGCUCUAUACGGUGAUGAAAACCUACCACAUGUAUCACACGGAGAGCAUCAGUGCCGAGAGUAAGCUGAAAGAGGCAGAGAAGCAGGAGGAGAAACAGAUUGGACGCACUGGAGAUCCGGUCUUUCACAUCCGGCUAGAGGAGAGACCCCAGAGACGGAGCUCUGUGAAGAAGAUUGAGAAGAUGAAGGAGAAGAGACAAGCCAAGUACUCGGAGAACAAGCUGAAGUCGAUCAAAGCUCGGAACGAAUACCUGCUGACGCUCGAAGCUACAAAUGCUACAAUCUUCAAAUAUUACAUUCACGACUUGUCAGACUUAAUAGACUGCUGUGAUCUAGGGUACCAUUCCUCUCUGAACCGGGCUUUGCGGACAUACCUCUCGGCCGAAUAUAACCUGGAGACAUCCCGUCAUGAAGGCCUGGACAUCAUUGAGAACGCCGUGGACAGUCUGGACCCCCGUAGUGACCGGCAGCGUUUCAUGGAAAUGUACCCUACUGCAUUCUGCCCACCUGUGAAAUUUGAGUUCCAACCACAUAUGGGAGAUGAGGUGUGUCAGAUCACGGCCCAACCUCCAAUACAGGCCGAACUCCUGCUGAGAUUCCAGCAGCUGCAGUCCCGGCUGGCCACUCUCAAGAUCGAGAACGAGGAGAUCAAGAAGACCUCAGAAGCCACUCUCACUACCAUUCAGGACAUGGUGACCAUCGAGGACUACGAUGUGUCAGAAUGCUUCCAUCAUAGCCGUUCAACUGAAUCAGUCAAGUCCACAGUGUCAGAAACCUACCUCAGCAAGCCAAGCAUCGCUAAGAGACGCGCCAACCAGCAGGAGACGGAGCAGUUCUAUUUUAUGAAAUUCCACGAGUAUCUGGAGGGCAGCAAUCUCAUUACUAAGCUCCAGGCAAAGCAUGAUCUACUGAAGAGGACCCUCGGUGAUGGUUACCGGCCUGAGUACGCAACCACAAGUCGCGGUCGACGGAACUCUCACACAAGGCAUCAGGACUCUGGACAAGCAAUACCACGAAUUGUUGAGAGUUGUAUUCGAUUCAUUAAUCUAUAUGGCCUUCAACAUCAAGGGAUAUUCCGAGUUUCUGGAUCUCAAGUUGAAGUCAACGAUAUCAAGAACUCAUUUGAGAGAGGUAACGAUCCCCUGACAGACGAAGAGAAUAACCAUGAUAUUAACUCUGUGGCUGGGGUUUUGAAACUCUACUUUCGUGGUCUGGAAAAUCCGCUAUUUCCAAAGGAAAGAUUCAAUGAUCUCAUCUCCUGUAUCAGAGUUGAAAAUCUGUAUGAAAGAGCUCUGUAUAUUCGUAAGAUUCUCUUGACUGUGCCCAGAUCAGUGCUUGUGGUCAUGCGUUAUCUGUUCGCCUUCCUCAACCACCUGUCCCAGUACAGUGAUGAGAAUAUGAUGGACCCCUAUAAUUUGGCCAUCUGCUUUGGGCCCACCCUCAUGCCCACCCCAGACACGCAGGACCAGGUCUCCUGCCAGGCCCAUGUCAAUGAGGUCAUCAAAACCAUCAUCAUCCACAAUGAGACCAUCUUUCCUGACACAAAGGAGCUUGAUGGCCCCUUGUAUGAGAAGUGUAUGGCAGGUGGCGACUAUUGUGAGAGUCCGUACAGUGAACAUGGAGCUCUAGAAGAGGUUGACCAGGAUGGAGGAACGGAGACCCACACCAGUGAAGAUGAGGGGGAGCCCAUUGAAGCCAUCGCAAAGUUUGACUAUGUGGGGCGCUCUGCACGAGAGCUAUCCUUUAAAAAGGGUGCAUCCCUGCUGCUGUACCAGAGAGCAUCAGAUGACUGGUGGGAGGGCAGACAUAACGGCAUAGACGGCCUAGUGCCUCACCAGUACAUUGUUGUCCAGGACAUGGAUGACACAUUCUCAGACUCUCUGAGUCAGAAAGCGGACAGUGAGGCCAGCAGUGGACAUGGAGGAGAGGAGAAAUGCUCCAGCAGGGACAUGGGAUCUCCAACGCACAGCCAACAAACUGAUCCAUACAUCAGUAGCCGGCACAGGAAGAGAAGUGACCCCCCGACCCGCCGGCCUCCAGCUCGGCCCACUGACGCUCACUGCAUGGUCCACCACUCUCAGGGACACCACAAUAACCACAGCAGCCACGGUAGUCAUGGCACACCAGAUUUGGGCUCCCCAGUGAUGGGUCACUACAGCCCACGGGACCUGCUUAGAGGAAGAGGACACAUGCCCAUGGACAGUCCCGAGAGGCGCAGACGGAUGGGCCACGGCAGCCUGACCAACAUCAGCCGCCAUGAGUCCAUGAAUAAGAUGGAAAGCCCGCCCAUCCGCAGGUCCACUUCUUCAGGCCAGUACACGAGCUUCACCGAGCCUCAUGGCAAGAAUCUGGAUCCAGAAAGCAUCGCACAGGACAUCGAGGAGACGAUGAACACUGCUCUGAAUGAGCUAAAGGAGCUAGAAAGGCAGAGUUCUGCCAAACACGCCCCUGAUGUGGUGCUGGACACCCUGGAGCAGAUGAAGAACGCUCCCACUCCGACCAGCUCCACCGAGUCCCUCAGCCAACUCCACGGCCUCCUGCUGCGGCCCGCCGUCACUGAGCCGCCCAUGCGCCGUAGCACAAGCUCAUCCAGUGAUACCAUGAGCACCUUCAAGCCUGCCGUAGCUCCGCGCAUGGGGGUACAGCUCAAGCCCCCCGCUCUGCGGCCCAAGCCCAUGGUGACGAUACCCAAGACAGGAGCAGCACAGCAUCCGGCGCCUCCUCCACAGGAUCCACUGGAUAAAUCCUGCACACAGAGAGGACACAACAGUUGAAGGACAACAAAAGAUAAUGUUCACUGCCAUAAAAGCCAGAUUUAUAGUUGAUUUUAAUGUCUUCUCCAACAUUUAAUUCGCUUUAGAGAUGAACAGCGCUUUAGAAAGGAAUGGGCUAAAGCGAAUAAACUGCAGGUUAAAUACAGAAACUGUAAUACAGAUGUAGAUAUAAAUCUCCUGAUACUUUGUUACUGUGGUCGGCAUGGAAUUAAUAAACUGAAAUAACAGUGGUCACUAAGCAAAGUUCAGAGGACGAGUAGACUUGUUUAAGGGAUAGUUAACCCAAAAAUGAAAAUUCCAUCAUCAUUUACUCACCCUCAUAUUUUUCCAAACCUGUUUGACUUUCUGUCUUCUGUCGAACAUAAAAGGAGAUCUUAGGCAGCAUGUCUUAGUCACCAUUUACUUUCAUUGCAUCCUUUUUCCAUACAAUGAAAGCAAAUGGUUAACAUCUGGUUUUGUGUCCCAUAGUAGAAGGGAAGUCAUACGGGUUUGUAAAAACGAGGGUAAAUGAUGCCAGAAUUUCCAUUUCUAGGUGAAUUAUCCCUUUAAACUGGUGUUUAAUAUUUUAGAGGGUUAUACUUUCUCUUAUGUGUAGGUGUAACAUGCCCUCUUUUGUCACUUUAAUUAAACAAAGGGACAUUCUUGUAGAGCAAGACACCUGUAACUAAUGGAAAGCAAUUCAUGUGUAUCCAAAAAACUGUUUCCUUGCAUGUACAACACCUUAUUUUCCUCUGUGAUACUCCGUGUGAAUAGAUUAAGGAAUUCUGACAAUGAUACUAAAGAAAGCAACAAAUCACUUUGGCUUCCUGUGUUGUUAAGGUGCCGUUUUAUAUUAGUAGUUUACAUCCAGACUGCUAAAUGUGAAUAAUACAGAAACUAAGCGGGGUCUUUGGUUUCUUUGUGUGUUUACAGUUUACGGGAAAUGUAGUCUUUACAUCUCAGUGUGUUUGUCUAGUUAAACCUGCCUGGUUGGCACUCUGACUUUUUGGAGUGGAAUGUUGACUUUGGAAACACUGCCACAUGAUGAUCGUUCUGAUUGGCUGUUUAAAGCAGUUGGAUGUUGUCAACACCUAAUAAGUUGCAUCAGCAAGGCUUUACUUUGAAUAUUAUAUUUUUGAUGAUAAUAUUUUUUUGCGUAGAGUGAGUUUGCGUGCACCCCAUCUGUAUUGAAGAUGUUGAACAACCAUUUUCCUAGUUACUUUGUUCAUUUUUUUUAAGUGCUUCAAUUAUUUUCUUACUUGGAAAAAUAUAUGUUGUAUACAUGUAUAUAAAUAUACAUCCACUAAACCUUUUUUCUUUCUCAUUUGCAUAACGUUGUCCCAGAUCAAACAGUUGCUCACUAGAGACAAUAUUUUUUUCUGUAUUUUUUUUUUUUUUUUUUAGGAUCUGUAUGCUUGGUUAAAUGCAAUCUGUGAAUAGUUAAGUCUAGUUGACAAACAAAACGUGAAGUUUGAGUUAGAGUGUGAUACGGAUAGGCUACAAAAAGCUUUCCUGGUCCGCUUAGCUGUCUAAACGCUCGGCUUGGCUCUAUGCUAUAAAGCAUGAAUGAUAAUCCUUUUAGUUGCGAUAUGCAAGUUCUUUUCUAGAAACUUUUCUGAAAGAUUUAAGGCAAUAGUUCUUGUUGUUUCACCAAACAAGGGAAUAAUGCCGAUAGCCAUGGACUCAGAGACUGUUACUGCAGUACUUUCAUAGGAUAGUACUGGUUUUCUAGUUAUGUGCGCUAGAGUCCUAUUAACCUUUUGUAAGACGUCACAUACGGCACUGCACCUAAAUUAAAGGGAUAGUUCACCUAAAAAUUCAAAAUUGUUUACUUGCCUUCAUGAUGUUCCAAACCUGUAUGAUUUUCUUUCUUCUGUGAAAUUAAUUAGUAGAUGUGAGGAAGAAUGGUAGCCUCAGUCAACAUUCACUUUCAUAGAUGUGUUCCACAACAUGAGGGUGAGUAAAUGAUGACAGAAUUUUCAUUUGGGGGUGAACUAUCCCUUUAAGUCAGUCACACAAAGUACCCAAAGAAGAAGUAUGUAGUGCAUGAAUCACUCCUUUUUUGAAGAUUUCUCUUAUUUGCACUCACAAAAGGCCAGUGAUUUAACUUUAACAAGAUAAAGAGCCAAAAUUACAAUAGCUGUACUGGGAUUUCAUUUACAGUAUGUUAAUCUGACAAUUAUCCUUCCAGUGCUGACAUUAAUGAUGAAUCGUACAAGUGCAUUGCCAUUUACAUUAUUACAACAGUUUGACAACACAAUAGCUUAGUACUUGUACUGUAUUCACAGAUAAUUAUACAAAAAAAUGGACUCAUAUUUAGGUAAAAUAAUAUGUUUAUAAACAUGUUUGGAUGAUGGUAUGGAUUGUGUACACUGUCCAUCACUGAUCCAAUGGUAAACACGUAAAUAAUUCUAAGUAAAAUAUAAGCAUUGCAUGUUUUUAACAUGUAAUUAUAAAGUCGUUGAACAUACUAAAGCCUUUUGAUUACCAUUUUUUAUUGAACAAUAUUAUAAACAAGUUUUUUUUUUUUUUUAAGAUUGUACAUUAUAUUGAUAAGCCUUGAGAAAUAGUAUUCUCUCUGCAAAUCUAUACACAGUAGCAGACUCUCUGUACUUAAUUGCUGUUAUAUUGGGUUGUCCAUGUACAUCUCUGUACAAUGUACUUGUGAAAGUGCCUUUAAAAACUAUUUUAGAGGAACUUCAUACAAACGUCCUCUGUGCUGUGGCGUUCUUAUUUCAGAUCCAGUGUACCCAGUAGGGAUUACAGUAAAUAAAUUAUUACCAACGUGGUUCUGUCAGUUAAGCUGUAUGAAUGAUCAAGUAAAGAUACUGCUUAUCCGUUGUGACGUGGCACUUUUAUGUAAGACUGUAUAUUUGGCAUGUAACAUCCUAACAAGUUGUAGAGCUCUUUGGAGGAAUGCUCCUUUCUAAUAAAGAACAUAGUUUGGUC